AUGGCUGCAGAUACCAGCGACCUUUUGCAAUUGAUGCAAGCCAUCAAAUUGGCUGCUAACAAGAACAGCUCCAAGCUCGUCCGUGCUUGGUUCUAUGUGCCACUCGGUAUCACAAUAAUACUCGCUGUCAACUUUGGAGUUGAUUCAAUAUUCUACAAGUUCAAUGUUUCAUUUCCUGCUUCUGUUACCUGCAUGAUGUUACUCUUCUUUGCUCUUAUCGCAAGUGAGUCAUUAUUGGGUACUCACAAGACAAGAAAGCUGGUCAAUAUCAUUGACGUGCCUGCCGGCUGGUCGCUUCGGUGGAUGGGCAUCUUCUUUACGCCGUCUUUCGUCCUGUUACCUCUCAGUCCUCCUAUUGGCAUCGUUGAAGUCAUGGUCAUUAUUGCAAUCUUUGUCAUUGGCUUCUUUAUCAUGAUGGCUAUGGCAGCUUGGAUUACCCGCAGUCUCCAACUUGCUGUUGGUGUCUCGAGGCGUUCAAGGUCCCAACGAGCUGAAGAGCUCGGCCGUCAAACACCAGAUCUCUCGACAGGAGAUGUCAACUCUCCCGGCAUAUCACGUCGCACGAGCGUAUCUCGAGCUGGCUCUCAAAUACCGCUUAUGUCUGUAUCCGCGCCGAACUCGGAGCCAACGUCAGCGGCGCCUUCGCGACCACAGACUCCACCUCAAUUGCGGCUUCAAGAACAUCACUAUGCAAAUGGUCAAGCCCCAGUGAAUGCUGUUGAAGCUCUCAAUCCCACGACUGUUCUCACACAGAUUCCUCUGCCGCCGCCAAAGGCUGAGUUGUGGGCGGCCCGUAUAUCUGCAAAUCUCGAUGUGGCGAUCUUCGUAGGACUGUUUGCCUUUAUUGGCAUUCCUCUCUAUUACUCAACCGGUUAUGCUAUGCCACUUCACCUUGCCGUGAAUGUUCUCGCCUGGUUCGGGGCAUUGUCAGUUACACCUAAAUGGAAAGAAUAUCUUCAUCCAGUCUUGGUGUCGUCUCUUGCAACAGUCCUUAUCAUAUGGGCACUUGCUGCAAUUCGUGGCGAUAGCUUGACCACCACGCUUCACGCUUACCGCACAGGCGCAAAGUAUAUACAGUUAUGGCGCAACGCAACUUCGAAGAAAGAUCUUCUCCCCGGCGCCGGUGACGUCUUCGGCACCCUUCUCGAUGCUAGUAUUGUAGCUCUCGCAUUGCCCAUGUUUCAAUACCGACGAGAGCUUCGCACUCAUUUCAUUUCCAUCGUCAUACCCAACGUUGCGAUCAGUGUUGGUUCGCUGCUCGCAUACCCGCCCUUGUGCUACGCCUGCGGCAUCUCGGCAGCCCGCAGCCUCGCUUUUGCAUCGCGCAGCCUGACGCUGGCGCUCGCUGUCCCCGCGACUGACAACCUAGGAGGAGAUGUAAAUACUGCUGCUGCAUUGGCCAUCAUCAGUGGUAUUUUGGGCGCUGUGCUCGGGGCGCGCAUAUUGCGCUGGCUGCGAGUCCCCGAGGACGACUACGUGACCCGCGGAGUGACACUAGGUGUUAACUCGAGCGCCAUCGCGACUUCAGUCUUGUUGCGAACAGACCCUCGAGCUGCAGCCUUGUCGAGCUUGUCGAUGAGUCUUUUUGGGACUAUCACUGUCUUAUUUACUUCAAUACCGCCUGCGGCGGCUUUUGUACGAGGGCUUGUAGGCCUGUGA